GCUCGCCCGGGCCGCCUGGAGCCCCGAUGAGCCCAGAUGGCCGGGGCUCAGCCCGGAGUGCACGCUUUGCAACUCAAGCCCGUGUGUGUGUCCGACAGCCUAAAGAAGGGCACGAAAUUCGUCAAGUGGGAUGAUGACUCUGCUAUUGUUACUCCAAUUAUUUUGAGGUCUGACCCUCAGGGAUUUUUCUUUUACUGGACAGAUCAAAACAAGGAGACGGAACUAUUAGAUCUCAGCCUUGUCAAGGAUGCCAGGUGUGGGAAACAUGCCAGAGCUCCCAAGGACCCCAAAUUACGUGAACUUUUGGAUGUGGGGAACAUUGGACGCCUGGAACAUCGCAUGAUAACCGUGGUGUACGGGGUUGACUUAGUUAACAUCUCCUAUUUGAACCUUGUGGCUUUCCAAGAAGAAGUGGCCAAGGAAUGGACAAAUGAGGUUUUCAGUUUGGCAACAAACCUGCUGGCUCAAAACAUGUCCAGGGAUGCAUUUCUGGAAAAAGCCUAUACUAAACUUAAGCUGCAAGUCACUCCAGAAGGGCGCAUUCCUCUCAAAAACAUAUACCGCUUGUUUUCAGCAGACCGGAAACGAGUUGAAACUGCUUUAGAGGCUUGUAGUCUUCCAUCUUCAAGGAAUGAUUCAAUACCUCAAGAUGAUUUCACUCCAGAAGUAUACAGAGUUUUCCUGAACAACCUUUGCCCUCGACCUGAAAUUGAUAACAUCUUUUCUGAAUUUGGUGCCAAAAGCAAACCAUAUCUUACCGUUGAUCAGAUGAUGGAUUUUAUCAACCUUAAGCAACGAGAUCCCAGGCUAAAUGAAAUACUCUAUCCACCUUUAAAGCAAGAGCAAGUUCAAGUAUUGAUUGAGAAGUAUGAACCAAACAGUAGCCUCGCCAAAAAAGGACAGAUAUCAGUGGAUGGAUUUAUGCGCUAUCUGAGUGGAGAAGAAAAUGGAGUUGUUUCACCUGAGAAACUGGAUUUGAAUGAAGAUAUGUCUCAACCCCUUUCUCACUAUUUCAUUAAUUCCUCACACAACACCUACCUCACAGCUGGCCAGCUGGCUGGAAACUCUUCUGUGGAGAUGUAUCGCCAAGUCCUCCUGUCUGGUUGUCGCUGUGUAGAGCUGGACUGCUGGAAAGGACGGACUGCAGAAGAGGAGCCAGUCAUUACCCACGGCUUCACCAUGACCACCGAAAUAUCCUUCAAGGAGGUGAUAGAAGCAAUCGCUGAGUGUGCAUUUAAGACUUCACCGUUUCCGAUUCUUCUUUCCUUUGAGAAUCACGUGGACUCCCCAAAGCAGCAAGCCAAGAUGGCAGAGUAUUGCCGACUGAUCUUUGGGGAUGCCCUUCUCAUGGAGCCACUGGAAAAAUACCCACUGGAAUCUGGAGUUCCUCUUCCAAGCCCUAUGGAUUUAAUGUACAAAAUUUUGGUGAAAAAUAAGAAGAAAUCGCACAAGUCAUCAGAAGGAAGCAACAAAAAGAAGCUCUCAGAACAAGCCUCCAACACUUACAGCGACUCUUCCAGUGUGUUUGAGCCCUCGUCCCCUGGGGCAGGGGAAGCUGAUACAGAGAGUGACGAUGACGAUGAUGAUGAUGACUGUAAAAAAUCUUCAAUGGAUGAGGGGACUGCUGGGAGCGAGGCUAUGGCCACAGAAGAGAUGUCUAACCUGGUGAACUAUAUUCAGCCAGUCAAGUUUGAGUCAUUUGAAAUUUCAAAAAAAAGAAAUAGAAGUUUUGAAAUGUCUUCUUUUGUGGAAACCAAAGGACUUGAGCAACUGACGAAGUCUCCAGUGGAAUUUGUAGAAUAUAACAAAAUGCAGCUUAGCAGGAUAUAUCCAAAAGGAACACGUGUGGAUUCAUCUAACUAUAUGCCUCAGCUCUUCUGGAACGCGGGUUGUCAAAUGGUCGCACUUAACUUCCAGACGAUGGACCUGGCUAUGCAGAUAAACAUGGGGAUGUAUGAAUACAAUGGGAAAAGUGGCUACAGAUUAAAGCCAGAGUUCAUGAGGAGACCUGACAAGCAUUUCGAUCCAUUCACCGAAGGCAUUGUAGAUGGGAUAGUGGCCAACACUUUAUCUGUUAAGAUUAUUUCAGGUCAAUUUCUUUCUGAUAAGAAAGUUGGGACUUACGUGGAAGUAGAUAUGUUUGGCUUGCCUGUAGACACAAGGAGGAAAGCGUUUAAGACCAAGACAUCACAAGGAAAUGCUGUAAAUCCUGUCUGGGAAGAAGAACCCAUUGUGUUCAAAAAGGUGGUUCUUCCUUCUCUGGCCUGUCUGAGGAUAGCAGUUUAUGAGGAAGGAGGUAAAUUUAUUGGUCACCGGAUCUUGCCAGUACCAGCAAUUCGGCCAGGCUAUCACUACAUCUGUCUGAGGAAUGAGAGGAACCAACCUCUGACGCUACCAGCUGUCUUUGUCUACAUAGAGGUGAAAGACUAUGUCCCAGAUACAUAUGCAGAUGUGAUUGAAGCUUUGUCAAAUCCAAUUCGAUAUGUAAAUCUGAUGGAGCAGAGAGCUAAGCAACUGGCUGCUUUGACACUGGAAGAUGAAGAAGAAGUAAAGAAAGAGGCUGAUCCUGGGGAGACACCGUCAGAGGCUCCAAGUGAAGCCAGGACAACUCCAGCAGAAAAUGGAGUAAAUCACACUACAUCCCUGGUACCCAAACCACCUUCUCAGGCUCUCCACAGCCAACCUGCUCCAGGUUCUGUAAAGGCACCUGCCAAGACAGAAGAUCUUAUUCAGAGUGUUUUAACAGAAGUGGAAGCACAGACUAUUGAAGAGCUAAAGCAACAGAAAUCGUUUGUGAAACUUCAAAAGAAGCACUACAAAGAAAUGAAAGAUCUGGUUAAGAGACACCACAAGAAAACCACUGACCUUAUCAAAGAACACACUACAAAAUAUAAUGAAAUUCAGAAUGACUACUUGAGAAGGAGAGCAGCUUUAGAAAAGACAGCCAGAAAGGAUAGUAAGAAAAAAUCAGAACCCAGCAGCCCUGACCAUGGUUCAUCGAUGAUUGAGCAAGAUCUUGCUGCCCUGGAUGCUGAAAUGACCCAAAAGUUAAUAGACUUAAAGGACAAGCAACAGCAACAGCUGCUGAAUCUUCGACAAGAACAGUAUUAUAGUGAAAAGUACCAGAAGCGAGAACAUAUUAAACUGCUUAUUCAAAAACUGACGGAUGUUGCUGAAGAAUGUCAGAACAAUCAGUUAAAGAAGCUUAAAGAAAUCUGUGAGAAAGAGAAGAAGGAAUUAAAGAAGAAAAUGGAUAAGAAGAGGCAGGAGAAGAUAACAGAAGCUAAAUCCAAAGACAAAAGCCAGAUGGAAGAGGAAAAGACGGAGAUGAUCCGGUCAUACAUCCAGGAGGUGGUGCAGUACAUCAAGAGGUUAGAAGAGGCACAAAGUAAAAGGCAAGAAAAACUUGUAGAGAAACACAAGGAGAUACGUCAGCAGAUCCUGGACGAAAAGCCCAAGCUGCAGGUGGAGCUAGAGCAAGAGUACCAAGAUAAGUUCAAAAGACUGCCUCUGGAGAUUUUGGAGUUUGUGCAGGAAGCCAUGAAGGGGAAGAUCAGUGAGGACAGUAAUCACAGUUCUGCCCCUUCCUCCUUGACCUCAGAGCCUGGAAAACUGAACCACAGGCCUCCCUCCAGUGAGGAGCUGGAAGGAGACCACCCAGGAAGAGAGUUUGAUACUCCUCUGUGAUUGUUCAUGUUAGGCCUUCAGAAUACUCAUGGCCUCUCAAGCUCCAUCAGAUUUUCUCUUAUUACAAAGAUCACUGCCCAGAGCAUCUUCCUGAGAAGCAUCCCUUAGCCUAAAAUCCAUACCAAAAGGAGAAUUCCAGAAGGACAGCGUCCUCAUGCCUAGGCUUCAUGUGUGAUGUGGAAACUACUGCAGGUCUACUAGUAGAGAGUGCAUGUAUGUGGGAUUUUUGUUUUCUUUCUGGUAGUAAAUUCAAAGCAGGCAACUUCCAGGCUCCAUGGACCAUUAAAUGAAGAACUAUGUCUUCUUUGAAGAAAAUCAAGCUCAUGUUUUUAUUUGAAGCUCUGGUGUAAAGUAUUUUAAAGUAAUAGAAAUAGUUUGAGAAAUGCAUAUCACUACUUAACAUUAUUGAACAGCCAACUUUGAACAUUUUUUUUCCUACCUGCCCCUCAACUACCAUAUCUUCAAGUUAACGUGCAUAUUAGAUUAUUUCAUUCUUUGCUUUGCAAGCACUGGUGGCUUGCAGUCUGCUAAUUUAUUUAUCAUAGAGGCAUCAGUGUAUUUGCUGCCAACAUGGUUUUGUCAGAUACCAUAGUGAUUCAAAUAAGCUGGUUUUCUUUCUUGAAAAAAAAAUCACUUGAUCUGAUCCUUGCCCUUCUCAGACUUAGCAAUAUGGCUUGUACAUUUGACUGCAUGAGAAAGCUGGCCACACACUUCCAGGCAGUGGGCUAUCUGAGCUGACUAUUUGUACUCAAAGUCUGGGUAUUCACUGAUUGUUGGCCUGAAGUAAGUAAAUAACUACAAAGAGUCUGUUCAGUUGAAUAAAAAUAGUUGAGCUGAUGUAUGUUGAGCAGAGAUUCAAUCAGAGUAAACAGGUUCCAGUGGUUAUUUUUCUGUCUGACAUUUUUUAUGGUUCAUUUAUUUUAAUAUAGAGAUAAAGAUUGAGUAUUUAUCUAGAAAAUACACAGACCCACAUAUAAGUGAUAUAUAUUAUCUUCAUGUAUAUAUGUACACAUUCACCCAUAUAAAUACAGACACAUACACUAUACACACACACACGCACACACACACAUUCAUUCGAGUGUAGAUGUGUGUUUCUUAAUUGACAAUGACCCAAAACUCAUCCACAAGACUUAAAACCAAAUUUGCGGAUAAAUGGAUAUAGAAGAAAAUGGUCAAACAUCUAGAUUUUGUGGAUAAAUUAUAUUGAUAUGCUAAGAAACAAUUGAUGGAGUCAUUGAUGCAAGUAGAGGUAGAUUUAGAUCUUAGAAUAUGAAUUUGAUAUAUAUUUUGCAGGACCAAUAACUGGAUUUUAAGCUUGUUUUAAUAAUCAGAAUAUAUAAAAAUAUAUAGAACAGAAAUAUGGAAAUUUAUUAGUAUCUUCCAUAAUUUAAAGUCUGAGAGAUUUCAAUAAUUUUAUUCUAACAAAAAAAAUCUUUCAUUAUAUAUUUACUAUGUACAUUUAAUUCACUGAACUGUGUAUUUUUGUUAAGUUCCUAUGUUAGAUGGCAUAAGAAAAACAAAUUAUAUCAUGCGAAAACUGAUCAAAACAUUACUGAAAGGUCUUAAGUAAGAGAGAAUAAUUAUGUAGAGGAAGAUAUAGUUUAGAGAGUAACACAAAGAACAUUGAAGUUGAAACCCUAAAGCAAAGAUGCUCACAGUUUAUUUUACUUUAAAAGAAACCUGUCUGAUUGUAGCUUAGCAAAACAUUUUAAAUGCAAAAACCAGUUGUGUCCUGAAAACUAUGUUUCCAGAAUUUAAUAUUUUUAUGGAGAUUAUUUUAUUUAACUUUAAGCAAUAACUAAGGAUCACAAUUAAGUUUUAGUCAAAAUGAAGGCUUAGUGCAAACAUUAGGAAAGAGUUUUUGAUUUAAAAAAAAAAAAAAAAAACUUAUU